GCAAAUCGCUGUGGAGAGACAAUGUUGAGAACCACCUCCCUCAGGCAAUAGAAACUGCUGUACAGUUAGGUAGCACUUCAAAGAGAUCUAGAAGUAGGUUAUGGUGAGAUAACUUAAUCCUUAAUAAUAUACUGCACAUUGUCCGUACUCCUCAGGAUGUUACCACUGGAUGUAAAGCAUCGCUGGGUGUUUGUUGCAAUCCUGUUCUUUGGGAUAUUCAUCAAGAACAACGAGAGCUCAGACACAAAUGACACCUGCAAACAAACAAAUGUACUGUUUGUCAAUGCUGUAGUGUUAAAUCAGGAAUACCCAUCAAAGGCUGUCUAUCACGAGGUCAGUGGAAGUAAACUCUGUUUCGCUGUCCACGGAAACAGAACAAAUGUAGAUGCAGUCUGUUGUCAUGAAGGAGAUUUCAACUGCAGCGUUGAAAUAAAGGGUAGUGAAAAUGACUACAAGCUGAUCCUGAAUAAAGAGACUCUUUCCAAGCAAGAUAUUGUACUCAUGACUGUAGAUCUUGAAUUCAACUGUAUGCCACAUACGUUCUACAACACAACUUCAGGUUUCCAUUUAAACAUUCACCAGUGCAUGAAUAAAGCUACCGAACGUUUUAGAUUCAGCCAAAACAGCUUCUGUGGAGAGAGUCUAACCUACGAUGAAGACGCCUGCAAAGGUUUAGCAGAAACAGACUACAUUAUCGAUGCUAAUAAGGGAAGGCAUUGUGUGUCGUGUAAGGUACCACGAGAAAAGCCAGACGUUUCUAUUACUAUCCCUCCACCUGAGUGCAAUAAUGGCACUGGUAUCAGCCUCGACAACGCAGCGCAAGUAUCAAAAUUAUCAACGACGACACUAUUGGAGUCAACUGCUACAUUUCGGUGUGGCGUUGUUUGGAGUUGUGAUACUGACUGUAGUUUGCUGGAAAGAAGAAAUGAUUUUAAUGUUUGUCAUUGCAGAAAUAUCAUGAAUAAUCUCUUCUCCCUGCUGGAAGAGUUGGGCAAUUCCAGCACAGCAACCAUCACAAUAGGCCAUAUUAAAGGGGUGAUCACUAAACUCCUUGCCCAAAAUCAAACCAACAUCAACUUUGGCAUUAAAACAAGUGGUGAUAUAAAAAUUUUUGAGGGUAAUGAUUCUGUGACGGGCUUCUCUCGAUCGGUGCGAAUCCCUACAGAGGCCAUUGUCUUGGCAAAACAAGGAAAUGGUUCAUUUGCUGCAGCUCUACUUUUUCCAGGAAUGCAUCCGGAUGACGACAACAGUUUUUAUCUCAACAAUGAGAUAGUGGGAAUUGAAAUGGGAGCAGAGGUAUCCAAUCUCUCACAUACCAUAGACAUUCAUUACAGAAGUGUGGACAAGAAUGGAAGCAUUGCUUCUUGUAGGUCGUGGGAUGGAAAAGGAAAAGAAGCGAACUGGAUCACAGAUGGUUGUCAGACAAAGGAGACCAAUGACAGCAUCACAUGCCAGUGCUCUCAUCUAACUUUUUUUGCAAUACUCAUGUCAUCCCCACCAAGAAACAUAAGCUCUUCAGAUUUCAAGUCUCUGACCUACAUCACAUCAAUCGGCUGUGGCCUGUCAAUAUUCUUUUUGGUGGUGGCUCUCUGCAUGCAUUGUCUUAUCAGAAAAGUGAAAGCGAGCCAAGCAACUAAGAUCUUGAUGAACCUCUUUAUUGCCAUGCUCACCCUGAACUUGUCCUUCCUGGUAAAUGAGAGCAUUGCCAAUCUGGGAAACUUUGGCGCAUGCGUGGCGGUGGCAGCAGUCAUGCACUACACUAUGCUGGCCACGAUUACCUGGUUCUUCGUAGAGGCUCUACACUUGUUCUUAAUUCUACGGAAGCUCCCUACUGACGUCAAGCAUUACAUGAUGAAGAUCUGCGUCACAGGAUGGGUCACACCAGCUGUGGUGGUGAUCGCUCUUCUCGCCUCGGGACAAUACGAUUACAUGGUCAUUUACACCGAUGAUGGGAAUUCAGCAAAAAUGUGCUGGAUCUCUGAUGCUGUCGUCCACCAGGGGGUGAAUGUCGGUUACUACGCUGUAGUGUUUGUCUUCACCUUUGUCAUAUUCAUCAUGACUGUGCGGCAGAUUGUUCUCCUUAAACCCGCAGCAGGGAAAGCCCAGGACAACGGCUCCAUCAAGACAAACGCUUUCUCCAUUAUGGCCCUGUUCCUACUGCUCGGCAUCACCUGGGCUUUUGCCUUCUUCAGCCAUGGACCUAUGCUUGUAGCUUCCUACUAUAUCUUCACCAUCCUCAACUCCUUUCAAGGUUUCUUCCUGUUCAUCUACUAUUUCAAAUCCAGGAAGAUUGCUGGAGGAGAGGGGAGAGGAGGAAUCCCCACAGUCAGCAGCAGCACAUCAAACACAGUUGUCACAUCUCCAUAAUGAUACCGCAUAUGCUUCUCAAAGGGGGACAGAAAGUGUUCUGUGCCUGAGAUUAUUUUGACACAAGAGGGCAGCAUUUUAUUAGUCAAGCAGUGCCUCUGUUGAAUGAGGUGCUGGUAAACUGCUAUAAAAAAAAAAGUUUCUCAUUCUUCCUGACUACCCGGCUAAUCUGGAUUACAUUCAUUGAGAAAAUUACCAAUGAGUCAAGCACUGACAGACGACACGGUGUAAUCUCCUGGAAGUCAUUUGUGCUGAUGACUCAACAGAAGGCCUGUCUUACUCACUGCGAAACAUGCAGUGAAUGUUGUGAUUCACUCAGAAUAUAUCAUAAAACUCCUAAAACAAAGCAUCAGUCAUAUAUACGGGAAUGCAGAUUGUAAAUGUUUAGGAAG